CAGCUUACCUUAUACGUCUCUGCUAAAUGUUAUGUCGAUCUAUUUGCUGUUACCUAUAGCUUAGGCAACGCUGUCGGUGAACGGUAGACGGUAACUUGCAUUGGAAUGACCGUUGCUGAAUCCUCUUCCGGAUUCCUACCAAAGGCGGAGAGGAAAGUUUGUCACGCGGCGAGGGACGCGUUCUACGCCUGCGUACGUGAGCAAGGCGUGGACUUCGCGCCUGGGGUUGCUGUGCCUGCGAAGUGCAAGCAAUUGCGGCAACAAUUUGCUUCCGCUUGUCCCGCGAGCUGGGUCAAGCACUUUGACGAGCUGCAGGAGGCUAACGCGCGCCGCGCCAGGUACCUGGCCGCCACCAUCAACCGGGGCGCUGACAAGGCAGCAGGCUCCCUUACCGGCAAAGCCCAGCAUUAAGCUUGCUAGGGCCUCGGAGAGCGCCUCCUAGCCCACAGCCGAGAUGGGGCGUGAAGACGACCGCGAGCGGGAGCGCCACCGGGACUAUGAGCGCGGCAGCGACCGGGACAGGGACAGGGACAGGGGGGAGCGGCGCGGUGAUCGGGACCGUGACCGCGACUAUGAGCGCGGGGAUCGGGAGCGGGGAAGGGAGAAGGAUCGGGACCGCCGUGACAGAGACAGGGACCGCGAUCGGGAGCGUGAGCGGGAUCGAGACCGGGAGCGGGAUUACGAGCGUCGCGAUGGGCGUGAUCGGGACCGCGACCGAGACCGGGAGCGAGGGCGGGACCGGGAGGAGGAUCGUGACCGGGACCGCAAGCGCCGACGCAGCCGGAGUGAAGAGGGCCGCUCGCGCUCUCGCUCGCGAGACAGGCGCGAAGAAAAGGGCCGGGAUCGUGAUCGCGAGCGCGACCGGCGGCGGAACCGCGACCACGAGAAGCGGAGCAAGAGCCGCGGCGCCUCCUCCGGCGGCGGCGAUGAGGACGAGCGGAUGGGCUCCGAGGAGGGCGGUGCAGGGGAGGAGGCGGCCCCGGCGGUCAACUUGGAUGCGGAUAUCACUCCCGAGGAGAUUGCGAUGAUGCAGGCCAUGGGCAUUCCCUUCACCUUUGAUAGCACGAAGGGUAAGGAGAUUGAGGAUGCAGCGGCGAAGGAGUCGGCGACCCGGACCAAAACCUUGCGGACGGCGCGGCAGUACAUGAACCGCAAGGGCGGGUUCAACCGCCCGCUACCGGCCGAGAAGACGAAUGAGAAGUACCAGCCUGAUUAGGCGGCUGGUUGGGCGGGCGUGGCGUUGGAUGCUCUUUGGGAUGGAGGCAGCAGCUACGCUGGCUGAUGGUGCCUUCCGUUAUGGUGAUCUGGGUUGCCUUACGGCCCAGCCGCUUAAGGUUAGCUGCCUGUGUGGCUGCCGCUUUGGAGCGUGGGAGGCUGGCGCUCUUGUAUAGAGCAUCGUCAGCAUCGAGCACGAAGCUGUGGAUUACGCUUCGUUGAUUGAUGUACUGGCGCAUGGUGUUGCCCUCCCGGAGCCGAGGGUAAAUAUGUGUGGCAACAGGCAGUGGCGGUUAUACGUGUAACUAGAUACACGUUUUCAUUUUGGUUUACAGAAAUUUGGUAACGUGCA